AUGGCUAAGAAGGACCCGAGAAAGGACAAGGAGCGGGAAUCGCAAAGCGGGCCCUCCAGAAUUGCCAUUGUCAGUCCCGACAGAUGCAAGCCCAACAAGUGUGCGCUUGAAUGUUACAAGCUGUGUCCCGUGGUGCGGGUGGGUAAGCUCUGUAUCGAAGUGACCAAAAAGAGCAAGAUCGCCUUCAUUUCUGAAACCCUUUGUAUUGGUUGUGGUAUUUGUGUCAAGAAGUGUCCUUUUGACGCUAUCACUAUCAUCAACUUGCCCUCUAACUUGGAAACUGAAACCACCCACCGUUACUCGGCCAACUCGUUUAAAUUGCACCGUUUGCCCACCCCUAGACCCGGUCAAGUGUUGGGUUUGGUCGGUACCAACGGUAUUGGUAAGCUGACGGCACUUAAGAUUCUUGCUGGUAAGCAGAAGCCCAACCUCGGGAGAUAUGAUGACCCUCCUGACUGGGAAGAAAUCUUGAGAUACUUCAGAGGUUCGGAAUUGCAAAACUUUUUCACCAAGGUGUUGGAAGAUGACAUCAAGGCCAUCAUCAAGCCUCAAUACGUCGACAACAUCCCCAGAGCAUUGGCGAAGUCUCCUUUGAAGACUGUGGGUGAAAUCUUGAGAGCUAAGAACGGUCGUCCUGAAGACUUCGAUUACAUCAUCAAGGUCCUUGAGUUGAAGGGUGUCAUUGACCGUGACGUUGCCAACUUGUCUGGUGGUGAAUUGCAGAGAUUUGCCCUCGCUAUGACCUGUGUCCAACAAGCCAACGUUUACAUGUUUGACGAGCCUUCGUCGUACUUGGAUGUCAAGCAACGUUUGAGAGCUGCCGAACUCAUCAGAUCGUUAUUGUCGUCGACUAACUACAUCAUCUGUGUCGAGCACGAUUUGUCGGUUCUUGAUUACUUGUCGGACUUUGUCUGUAUUCUUUAUGGUGUGCCUUCGGUGUACGGUGUGGUCUCGCUUCCUUCCUCGGUGAGAGAAGGUAUCAACAUUUUCCUCGAUGGUCACAUUCCUACUGAAAACAUGCGUUUCAGAGAAGAACUGCUUCAAUUCAGAUUGGCCGAUGCCGCCGAUGGUCUCAUCUUAGACAAGCUGAAUGCCUACCAGUACCCCGAACUCCACAAGACCCAAGGUGAUUUCCACUUGAAGGUCAUGCCUGGUGACUUCACCACUUCCGAAAUCUUGGUGAUGAUGGGUGAAAACGGUACCGGUAAGACCACUUUCUGUAAGUUGUUGGCCGGUGCCAUUGCCCCCGACGCUGGUACUGAAAUGCCUCGUCUUAAUGUGUCGAUGAAGCCGCAAAAGAUUGCUCCCAAGUUCACUGGUACCGUGAGACAAUUGUUCUUCAAGAAGAUUAGAGCUUCGUUCUUGCACCCUCAAUUCCAAACCGAUGUGGUGAAGCCUCUUAAGAUCGAUGACAUCAUCGACCAAGAAGUGCAAACCUUGUCGGGUGGUGAAUUGCAAAGAGUUGCUAUUGUGUUGUCGUUGGGUGUCCCCGCUGACUUAUACCUUAUUGAUGAGCCCUCGGCUUACUUGGAUUCGGAACAACGUAUUGUCUGUUCGAAGGUUAUCCGGAGAUUCAUUUUGCAUGCUAAGAAGACUGCGUUUGUUGUCGAGCACGAUUUCAUCAUGGCUACCUACUUGGCCGACCGUGUGAUCGUCUACGAAGGUAUCCCCUCGAAGGAUGCCACUGCUGGCACUCCUGAAUCGCUUUUGACUGGUUGCAACAAGUUCUUGAAGAACUUGAAUGUUACUUUUAGAAGAGACCCCAACUCGUUCCGUCCCAGAAUUAACAAGUUGGACUCGCAAAUGGACAAGGAACAGAAGGCGUCGGGCAACUACUUCUUCUUGGAUAACACGGGAUUGUAA